AUGAUCGUAAGUAGAAUCCUUCAUGUCACAAAAGGGCUGGAAAGCACAGAACAUCCCUUAUUAGGCCCGAAUCUACGAGGUCUGUAUUUAUUCGGCCUUUGGCAAAAAGGGCAUACAAUGCGGAAUUUUCUCUUCAACGUAUUCCAUGCAAUGUCUUUUAUAUUCGUUUUAACGCAGUUUUACGCUUUGUACGAAAUGAAAGAUGAUAUUAUACAAGUGAUCCUAAACUUUUCUCUUACCGCCGUGAGCCUUGUUUCGAUAUCGAAGAAUUUUCGCACGAUUUUCUAUCAAACGGAAUGGAAUCGGCUCUUCGAUAAUAUUGCGAAUGAGGAACGUAAAGAAUUAGCGAACGGUGAUAAAAGAGUUAUAAAAUACAUGCGAGAUUAUACCGUCUAUUCUAGAAUAGUGACAUACCUCUAUUGGUCGACAGCUAUCGUGACGUAUUUCGUACUUCUUGUUUCACCGUUUUUGAAAUACGCGGCCGAACCAGUGUAUCGUGAACUGGUACGAAAUGGUACGGAGCCGUAUCCACAGAUCUUGUGUUCCUGGUUUCCGUUCGACAAUACGGUAAUGCCGGGGUAUAUUUAUGGUGUUAUUUGCCAUGUAAUAGUGACCACACAGGGUGCUGGUGUGAUUGCCGUAUUUGAUAUGAAUGCUGUAGCUAUUAUGACGUUUUUGAAGGGACAAAUACAAAUACUGAGAUAUAGAUGUGAAAAUAUAUUCGAUACGAGAAAAUCUCUGGAUACGAAAGAAGUCCUUGUGAACAUAAAGGAAUGCUAUCGGCUCCAUUCGUUUAUUUCAGAACAAUAUUCCAUAUUAAACGCCCUGUUAUCACCAGUCAUGUUUCUAUAUGUACUCAUCUGUUCGAUUAUGAUUUGCUGCAGCAUAGUUCAAUUAAGCUUGAAUGAGCUCGCAAUAACUCAGAAGCUGCUGAUAUUAGAAUACACGGUAGCGUUGGUGGUGCAGCUUUUUAUAUACUGUUGGCAUAGCAACGAACUUGCCGUACUUAGUGGCACUGUAGAUCGGGGCGUCUAUAACAGUAAUUGGUGGGCGAGCGACGCAACAUCUCGUAAGCUGUUACUUAUUUUGGCUGGUAAAAUGUCUGCGCCGUUUAUAUUCGAGGCUGGACCGUUUACUACAUUAUCUGUACCUACUUUUAUAGAGAUCAUGAAAGGUUCAUACAGCUUCUACACAUUGUUUGCGAGAUUGGAAGAAACCACUAGCAAUAGCUAG